UCCAGUUUAGUCCCUUUGAACCGGAAGGCUGGAAUUGCUUCUCACAUGUCGGUUUCUUUUUCAGGGAUCUUGGGCAUGCUGCUAGUCGUGUGCAUGAUGGCAUCAACAGCUUAUACAAAGCCUGUGGCACCAGAGAGCUGCAGAUACAACAACACUGACAUCCUCUGCCACAAGUCUCUACAGAACAGCAAGAGCGCUGUGCCAUUACUGAGAGACCUCAUGAAGAACCUGCUAGCAUCCUAUCUGUCCUUUAAUGUUCAAGGCAUGAAUGAAGAUAUCUGCACCAGCCUCGCGGACAGGUUCCUCCCCCAUGGAGUGGUUGAGAGCGAAAGGCUGAUUCAAAUCCAAAAGGUCCUGGCCUUCAUGCAUGCCAGUCUGAGGGAGAUCACCAGAGAGCAGCAGGAGUUCAACCCAAACUGCAAAACAUUCCACAGUGAACUGGAGGCCGUGGCCAGCCAGAUAGCAAGCCUGGCUUCCAACGUGGCUUGCAUGAUGUGCGAGCGCCACAACACGCCAGUGACAGUGGAAGUGCCACAGCUCAACCGUCCCUCAGGGGUAUUCCGUCAGAAGCAGUGGAGCUGUUCGGUGCUCAGCAAGUCUGCAUUGUUUUUCAGACCGGACCUCAUCUCCGAAGGACCUUAGCAAGCACCGCAUUUGAACUGGGGUCUGUGAUCGUACAGAUUUGAAACUCUGUGGGAUGCAAAACACACACACACACACACAAAAUAUGCCAAAAGCAGUGCAUGUGGUUUUAUGAUUACCCUAAAUAGAACAUAAACGGCUGGUUUCACAUACCUUGGUUAGCACUAAUCUUGAACCAUCUAUCUAAUGCUGUUUCAGGUAAUCAGGGUUUGUGAAACCCAGACGAUAGUAUUUGAAGUUGUUUGAGUUAGUAUUGAAGCACUGUUGUGACCGAUGCGGGCAUCUGAAAUAUUUAUUUUUUAUAUGCGUUAUUUAUUAAUUUAUUAUUUAUUUAUAAUCACUAAAUAUGGAUCUUUUUUUAUUAAAGUUUUUUUUUGCAAUGUAUGAUUCUGACUAAAUGUAUUAUUAGACUAUAAAUGUAAAACAUUUUAAGCUAUCCUGUAGUCAAGACCAUGUGAA